AUGAAAUAAUUCAAUGCAUGUGUGUCGAUCAGAGAGUGAGGAGGGUCGUCAAGUUUCCGUACUUGUUUACAAUAUUCGAGCAAUGAAAUUUUAUUCAAUAAAACACGAGUAACGUAUUAUAUCGGUUAUUCAACGAAACCCGAUUAAUUGGAACCCUCUUGAUAUUUCAGAUUCAAAUAACUUGGUAGAAUUCUACUUCAGUUAUUGAAUGAAAUCUGGCGACCUGCGCGUAGCGGUAUUCCGUUAACUAAAGAGUUGAGCGCCUUCAUGUAAUCCACUGAUCUAUCACCUACACCUACAUCUAGUGGGCGAGCUUAACUUGGUGCUGGAAGAAAAGGCAUUUGGACUGUAAAAAUGUCCUUAAAUUCAACAAUUCUUGACAGAUUUUGCGGUUCACAGUUCUGGGAUAACUCAUUAUCAUGGAAUACUACAGAUCCGGAUCUAACCGUUUGUUUUGAAAGAACAGUUUUAGUGUGGAUUCCAUGUUUAUUUUUAUGGGGUUUAUCAUUUUUUGAUGUGUCCUAUAUUUUAAAUAGUAAAAACAAGGAUAUACCUUGGAACUGGUUGAACGUUUCGAAAUUCAUAUUGACUUUAUUUCUGUGUGUGUUAUCUGCAGCCGAGUUCAUAGUGAAUUUGACUUCUGAUAAAGAACUUUACAAUGUGGAUAUUUUUACACCUGGAAUAAGAAUAUUAUCUUUUGCUUUGUCAGCAUUGCUUCUCCUAUAUAAUCGCAAAUAUGGUUUGAGAACAUCAGGACUGCAAUUUUUAUUCUGGUUACUCCUAGUUGUAUGUGGAGCAUUUCAACUUAGAACGGAGAUUCGUGUAGCCAGUGACAGAGAUGGAUAUCUUAUAUCCUAUCAUGAAUAUAUAAUUUAUAUUGUAUAUUAUGCAGUUGUAUUGGUUAUAUUUAUUUUGAAUUGUUUUGUGGAUCAGCCUCCAAGAGUGACAAAAUAUCCAAGAUCUAAGAAACCAUGUCCAGAAGAAGAAAGUGGAUUUCUUGCAAAGAUUCUCUUCUCUUGGUUUGAUAAGCUUGCCUGGUUAGGAUAUAGAAAACCCUUAGUUAUAGAAGAUCUCUGGGAUUUAAAACCAGAAGACUCUGCUGUUGAAGUUGUUCCUAUUUUCAACAAGCACUGGCAGGCCACCUUGCGUAAAACUUAUGGAUAUACUCCUAUUCAAGACACAAACGUUUCUUAUAAAUCAGACACUGGAAAUGUGGCCUUUUUUAACAAUCCAAAUAAGAAAGAAGCUUCAGUUCUAUCAGUUUUAGUGAAAUCCUUCGGAUCAACAUUCUUUUUUGGAGCAUUUUUGAAACUCAUUCAAGACCUUCUCUCGUUUGUUAGUCCCCAAAUAUUAAGCCUCUUAAUUAAUUUUGCGAAAAACAAGGAGGAACCCUGGAAAGGCUUUUUUUACACAGCUCUACUAUUUAUUACUGCAGUAAUACAAACUAUGAUAUUAUCGCAGUAUUUCAAUCGUAUGUUUCUGGUUGGUAUAAGAAUUCGGACUGCCUUAGUCUCUACAAUUUAUCGCAAAUCACUGAGAAUAUCCACAGCAGCAAGAAAAGAAAGUACUGUUGGGGAAAUAGUCAAUCUGAUGUCAGUGGAUGCUCAAAAGUUUGUUGAAAUGACUGCCUACCUAAAUAUGAUUUGGUCGGCACCAUUACAAAUAAUUCUUUCCUUAUAUUUCUUAUGGAAAAUCUUAGGACCCUCAGUAUUAGCUGGAUUAGCUGUAAUGAUAAUCUUGAUUCCUGUGAAUGGUUUUAUAGCAAACAAGGUGAAAGUGCUUCAGAUAAAACAAAUGAAGAAUAAAGAUGAAAGAGUAAAAUUAAUGAAUGAAGUACUUAACGGAAUCAAAGUAUUAAAGUUGUAUGCUUGGGAGCCUAGUUUCGAAAAGCAAUUGUUGAAAAUUAGGUCUAAAGAAAUAGCAGUCCUGAAAGAAGCAGCUUAUAUGAACGCUGGUACAUCAUUCAUAUGGUCCUGUGCUCCAUUUUUGGUUACUAUGCUUACAUUUGCCAUUUAUAUUUUUUACGAUUCUUCAAACAUUCUGACUGUUGAAGUGGCCUUUGUGUCGAUUACACUUUUCAGCAUAAUGCGUAUUCCAAUGUCUCUUCUACCUAUGCUGAUUGUUUUCGCAAUGGAGUGUUACGUAUCUGUGAAAAGGAUUAACAAAUUUUUAAAUCUGGAAGAAUUAGACCCAAAUAAUGUUAACCAUGAUCAAUCAGAAGCAGAUUGUCUUGUGGUUAAAAAUGGUUCCUUUUCAUGGGGCGAAGAAAACACUUUAAAAAAUAUCAAUCUACGCAUCAAUUUUAGUUCGUUAACAGCAGUUGUAGGUUCUGUUGGCUCGGGAAAAAGUAGUUUGAUAUCAGCUUUUCUUGGUGAAAUGGAAAAGCGGUCAGGACAUGUAAACUCAGUGGGCUCUGUGGCUUAUGUUGCACAACAGGCGUGGAUACAAAAUGCUACUUUGCGUGAUAAUAUACUUUUUGGUAAAACCUUUGAUAAAGAUUUAUAUGAAAAAGUAGUUGAAGCCUGUGCUUUAAACGCUGACCUUGCCAUGUUACCUGCUGGAGAUCAAACAGAAAUAGGAGAAAAGGGUAUUAACCUCUCGGGUGGUCAGAAACAGAGAGUUAGUUUGGCUAGAGCUGUAUAUGCAGAUGCAGAUAUUUAUUAUUUAGACGAUCCUUUGAGUGCAGUGGACAGUCACGUUGGUAAACAUAUAUUUGAGCAAGUAAUAGGUCCAAAAGGAAUUCUACAAAAUAAGACUAGAGUUUUAGUAACCCAUGCUAUCACCUAUUUACCACAAAUUGAUCAAAUAUUGGUAAUUAAAGAUGGGGAAAUUUCUGAAACCGGUACAUAUCAAGAGCUUUUAGAUAAAAAAGGGGCAUUUGCAGAGUUUUUGGUUAAUCAUAUUAAUUCUGCCUUAGAUGAAGAAGAUUCAGAUUUAAAUGAAUUAUCAAGUCAAUUAGGGAAUGCAUUAGAAGUAAAUCAGGAUAUUGCUCAUCGAUUGCAAAGACAUAGAUCAAGAAUUUCUGAAUCCGAAUCUGAAAGAAUGAAUGGCUCCAUGAAACGUCAGAAAUCAACGGAGAGUGGGGAUAAUAACCUUCUAAGGAAACGCUCAAGUAGUACUACAAGCAAUACACCAAAAAAAGAUUUGAAAGUUGGCGAAAAGCUAAUAGAUGUAGAGAAAACUGAAACCGGUAGCGUCAGUUUAGAUGUAUAUAGACACUACCUGAAAUCAAUUGGUAUCUUCUUAACAAUAGCGACAAUAAUUUUGAAUAUGAUAUUCCAAGCAUUUAGUGUUGGUUCGAACUUUUGGUUGGUCAAGUGGUCAAGUGAUAAGACUCUUAUUAUGGGAGAUAAUUCAACAGAUAUUGAUAAAAGGAACAUGUAUCUCGGAGUUUAUGGAGCAAUGGGCUUGGGGCAAGUUGUAUCUGUGUCUGUAUCAUCACUGGUAUUAUUCUUGGGAACAUUGAAUGGGGCGAAAUUGCUUCAUGAUUUGCUACUUUUCAAAGUGAUGCGCUUUUCAACUACCACUUUCUUCGAUGUCACUCCCAUAGGAAGAAUUUUGAAUCGUUUUUCGAAAGAUAUUGAUGUUUUGGAUAAUGUCUUACCAAUGACAAUAAGAGGAUGGAUUCAUUGCUUGUUCGGGGUUCUAGGAACAUUGUUCGUUAUCAGUUACUCAUCACAUGCAUUUGUAAUAGUAAUUUUGAUUGUUGGUGUUAUUUACUACGUUUUUCAACGCUAUUACGUAGAGACGUCCAGGCAGUUAAAACGUUUGGAAUCGGUAUCAAGAUCUCCUAUAUAUUCCCAUUUCGGAGAAACCAUCACUGGAGCAUCCGUUAUAAGAGCUUACUGUCAAGAGGAUAGAUUCAUAUUAGAAUCUGACAAUAAAGUGAAUACAAAUCAGAUGUGUUGCUACCCCAGUGUUAUAGCCAAUAGAUGGUUAGCUGUACGACUGGAAAUGGUGGGCAAUGUUAUCAUACUUUUCGCUGCUCUAUUUGCUGUUUGGGGAAGAGAUAACAUAGAUGCCGGUCUUGUUGGUCUUUCAGUCAGUUAUGCACUACAGAUUACGCAAACUUUGAAUUGGUUAGUGCGGAUGACUUCUGACGUGGAGAAUAAUAUUGUAGCUGUUGAACGUAUUAAAGAAUAUGCGGAGUCACCACAAGAAGCUCCAUGGGAAAUCAAAAACAAGACACCCGCAAACACUUGGCCAGAAGUUGGAAAUGUUAUAUUCAAGAAUUUAAGUGUACGAUACCGACCUGGAUUAGAUUUAGUGUUGAAAAAAGUUUCUUUCAACAUAAAUGGUGGAGAAAAAGUUGGUAUUGUAGGAAGAACAGGUGCUGGAAAAUCCAGUUUAACAUUAUCUCUUUUCAGAAUAAUAGAAGCAGCCGAAGGAAUUAUCGAAAUAGAUGGUAUUGAUAUUUCUCAAUUAGGUCUACAUGAUCUGCGUUCACGAUUAACAAUAAUCCCUCAGGAUGCAGUACUAUUUUCUGGUUCUCUUCGAAUGAACUUAGAUCCUUUCAAUUCUCACUCAGAUGAAGAAGUAUGGAUAUCUUUGGAACAGGCACAUUUGAAAAACUUCGUUAAAGCCCUUUCUGCUGGUUUAUCCCAUGAAGUAACCGAGGGUGGAGAAAAUUUGUCUGUAGGUCAAAGACAAUUGAUUUGCUUAGCAAGAGCCUUACUUCGUAAAACAAAAAUUUUGAUUCUGGAUGAGGCUACAGCAGCUGUUGAUCUAGAGACGGAUGAUCUCAUUCAAAGUACCAUUCGAACUGAAUUCAAAGAAUGCACAGUACUUACAAUUGCACAUAGACUGAAUACUAUCAUGGAUUCAGACAGGGUAAUAGUCUUAGAUAAAGGAAGUAUUGUCGAGUUUGAUACUCCACAAAAUCUCUUAAAAAGUCCCACUAUAUUUAGGAGUAUGUGUCAAGAUGCUGGAAUAGUAUGAAUCUACAAGUUGCAGUUAUGCCAAUAAAAAACAAAUUUUAAUGACAAUCUAUUUUCAAUCCAGUCUUUUGAACAGUGAAUCUCCUUAUAAUUGUUGGAUUUAUUGAAACAAAUAAUUAAAACCAGUUAUUUUUCACUAUUGGUGUGUUUCUUCACAAUGCUAUUUGUAAAAUUAUAACAUGUAUUAUAUUUUUAUAUCCUAAACAUACCUUUUAUGGCCAAAGUGAUUUUUUAUCCUUGCAGCACCGGAAGAACAUAAAUUCAAUCAUAUUACUACCUCAUCACAAACAUAAUUUAUUGUGAAAUGAAUUUUGUGAUAUUAAAAUGCACCUACUACUUAAUGAUAAAUUCAAAUAUUUUAUUAAGUUUUCAUAUCUUUGAUAAUACACUUUUGAUACAAUUCUCGAAUUUUACAGAAUUUGAAAUUUUUUAAUUUGAUAAAAACAUUCUCAUACCUUAUCUUUAGAACAGUAUUGGAGAAGUUGCAUAAGCAAUUAUGUUGAGUGCAAGAUAUUAUUUUAUUCUUUUGAUUUCAUUGUUGUAGUUUUUGAAAUAAAUGUUCGAGAUAA